AUGUUAGUCAUAAAGAAUGGUAGAAACAGAGGGCAGCAAAAAAGCAACAAAAUUAAAAAAGCCGACUUAAAUCUUAACACUAAUUUCAUAAGGCGUACUGGAAAAUCUAUAAAUAGAAUAAAAUACCCUGACGAAAAGGAGUACAUAAGGAAGAAAAUGUGGAAUCACAGACAAUUUUAA